UACUGAUCCCGUGAUCCCGUGUACUCCACCCACAUCGGAAAUCAGCAAACUAGAUAUUACUGUGGAAGUGUUUUAUAAUUACAUUGCUUCCUGUAGUUUAGAUUGCGAUUUAUCACUUCCUGUAGUUUAGAUUGCGAUUUAUCUUCGUGAAGCGACGUUCGAAGAAUUCGGCAGGACUCUCAAAACUUGUUUGGCAUCGAGAGAGACGGUUGUGGAACAUAAUCGAGGAAUAACUCAAAUCAGUUGCAAGUGGUCAUUUUUAUCUUACUUGUUUUCAUAUUUCUAAUUGGUUAAAAUGUCUACCACAUCGCAGAAGCACAGAAACUUUGUGGCGGAGCCAAUGGGAGACAAGCCUGUGACUGAGCUUGCUGGAGUCGGAGAGGUUUUAGGAAAAAGAUUAGAAUCCGCAGGUUUUGACAGAGCAUAUGUAGUCCUAGGACAGUACUUAGUGUUAAAGAAAAAUAAGGAGUUAUUUCAAGAAUGGAUGAAAGAUGCUUGCUCGGCAAACGCAAAACAAUCCACAGAUUGCUAUCAAUGUCUCACUGAUUGGUGUGAAGAAUUUUUGUAAAGUAGUUAUGAUUUGAAUAAAUUCAACUUGAUUUUUUUAACCUGUAAGUGUUUGUAUGGGGAUUAGUUUGUAUGAUCCAAGCUGUCAAUUUGUUACUUAACAAAAAAUUUUUUAAAAUAUGGAUUUUAAUUUUUAACACUUGAAAAUAAUUAUUUUAUAUUUAAAACAAUUUAUAAUUAUGAAUAAAAUCAAAGUUUUACGUUAAAAAAAUUAUGCAAGCACUUAUGGGUUAAGAGAACAAAGAAUUAAAUAUAAAGUUAUAUAACAUACACAUAAAAUGAAUACAUACUUUAACAUUAUAUAUUUUUAUUAUAUCUUGCUUAUAACUUUGAACAGUAAACGUAAGGCGUAAGGUUUAUUUUUGCUAAGUAUUAAUAAUUAUCAUUAUCAUGUAAUAUUGUUUUUUACUGGGAAAAUUAGUGCGCAUUGAGUGUGCACUCACCGCUGGCAAUUGGACGUUUCGGUUCGCGCGAUGACAGUGCCAAUGAAAACGCCCAAUUACCUGCAGCGAGUGCACACCCAGUGCGUACUAGUUUUCCCAGUGAAAAGUGCUAUAAGUUACAUGUAGAAUUUAUUCAUUAAAACAACUAAAUUGAUUCAUAUUGCAUUUAUUUAGAAUAAUGGCUCCGACACACAAUUAUCUUCCGCGGCUGAUCAUAUCUUCUGCCGCGUGAAAGAAAAACAAAUUCUAUUUAACUUUAAUUGGCGUCAACUUCCGUCACCUGGCUUGCCGCUUUCUAUGUGCCGGAGCCAUAAAUUGUACGAUUAACAAUCAAAAAUUUCAAUAAAAUAUGCUAAUAAAUAAUGAACGAAGAAAAUUCGACAUUUUUGUUUUAUUAAGAUACACAUACAGAAAAGAUUGUUAUAUUUUUUCAUCAAAGUUACAAAAAAAUGUCAAUCAUAGACAUAAGAAUGUUGACAAAUCUAAAAAUGUAAUAUUAUAUAAUUAUGUAGACAAAAUGGAAAAUAAAAGCAAGAUUUAUUCUCUAAUAAUA